GCUGCAUUGCGGCGCCAAGGGCGAGCGAAAUACUGUCGUGGAUGUAUCAGUUGGCGGCAGCCUCCUGCGGGGUGCCUGUGACCGAAGCGUGUAUGCUGUGUUGAAGCAGGACAAGCUCGGCAUUGCAACUGCCUUAUGUCGCAUGGUGAAGCUUUGGGCAAAGCGCCGGCGGCUUACCAACACACUGAAAGGAGGCCUUAGCAGCUUUUCCUUUGUUCUUCUGACCAUCUUUUUCCUUCAGCAAGGAGGUGAGGCCAACGCUGCAGGGCAGACUCAUGGCCUUCCCCCGCAGAACAUGGUCACGGGGACAAAGCCCACGGCCGCCAACCCGGAAAAGUGCUGUCCACCUCCGCUGGGUCUCAACCCGCAGGCAACUGAGGAGGAGCUCGCUCGCUUACUGCUGGCGUUUUUCAACUGGGCUGCAGAGGAUUUGCCACGACUACAAAGCUUCACGCUCUCCGUCGCCUCUGCAAAAGCAGAACGCCGGGCGGGAGCCUUCAAGCCAUUAGUUCUGGCUGUGCCUUUUGCUCCUGGAGACAAUGCAGCUCGCUGCCUUCGUGCGGAUGUUUGG